UCUGAUUCGACUGGUAAUAAUGUCCUCCAUAUCUGCGGUAUUUGUGUUGAGUCAGUCGCUUCUAUUGCAUGUGUUGGGUGUAGACUCGAUGAAGGAGGAUUCAGUCAGUCAGUCUGUCUGUUUUCGACAUGGAACUCUGCACAUAUGUGCGGCAGUUCAAGUCGCCACACUCCAUGUGGCACACAAAGGAAGAGAAGAAAGUAGGAGAAAUGCAUAAUAUAGACGGUAAACAGAGGUGUGAGACAAAGGAGGAUUCAGUAAUCAAUCUCUCACGCUCUCCACCUACCUACAUUACUUUUUAGAAUUUUGACUCUGUCCCACUCUGCCAUUCCUCAGUUCUAGUCUCUAAGCCUGUCUUUCGCAUUUUACAGUCAGGAGUAUAUUCGGGCACCCCGAAUAUAUGGUAUAGUUUUGUUUGACAUUAUUCAGAGUUUUCUGAACACCUUAUGCGGAAGUCUUGUUGUGUUUGGCAUGCGAUUCGCUCCUGUCAUAUGUGAGACGAUGCUGCAGGACUGGUGUGUGACGACUCCCAGAUUAAUGAUAGGGAAUGAGUGGGUUGACCGCUUUACUUAUUUUCGAAGUUGCACCAACCCCAAUGGACCGACUUCUGACAAAACCUCAUCAUGGAUACAAAAUUCUUGUGAUGCAUUUGCCAACUUCACCUCUGGCGUAGAUGUGGUAUGUGACUAUCGAUCAAAGGAUAGGUGUUCAGCGCAGCAUUUCGUUCAUUCCCUUCAUGGCUGCGAAAAGUGGUCGGUAAAAGCUUGAUACAUGAAGUGGAUGGUUGUCUUUAACUACAGGUGUUUGAAUUGUAUCUCCCGUGUUUUGUUAUUAUUUAAUGUUAUUUCCUUGUAUUCUGAGUGGGACAUCGGGCUCCAGCAGUACAUCUCUAUUUCACGUUCCUCUCUGCAGCCUUUUCCAGUUAGCUCCGCGUUAACCCAUAAGUUUUUCAUUUCUUCCUUAUAUGAUUUUUUCCAUGACACCCUCGAACGCCGAGCUUGCUUUCAAUUUGAGUUCCACUCGAGAACCAGGUGAGCGAUGUCGCUCAACGGUCCAAUCUAUCUCCAUUUCCUUCGGCAUAUUUCCUGGACUAUGGGUUCUCGGUUGGUUCGUCUCCAGAGAUUCUUGCAACUAAUCGUUUCUGGCCAUCUGAUGACAGUCUGCAGCAGCCUGUUGGAAAUGCUUUUGUUGACUCACUAAGCCUGAACCAUAUAGAAGCACUGAGUUGACAGUAGUGUUGCAAAUCCGAAUCUUGUUCUUUAUGCUGAUUGCAGCAGGUUUCCACACUGAUUUCAGAAUAGUCCAGUUCUGUCUUGCUUUUCCAAUCCUGGGUUUGACAUCCUCAUCUGUGCCUCCUGUAGUUGAACCAAUGCUCCCUAAAUAAGUGGAAGAGGCGUGACUACUUUUAGCUUCCUCCCAUUGAUAGUGACUGGUGUUUGUUGUUGUUGGUAAAUGGUGUAAUAUAGUGAGUAAUAUUAAGGUUAGGUGUAGAACGUUAGGUAAAGAGGGCAAGUCAAUCGAUGAGGUUGUGAAGCUGCAUCGAUCCAGACGUCAGGGAUACGCCGAGCAGAGUUAACGGACAUAUGAUAAGGUCAUAAAAGCGUUAAGAGAGGUCAAAUCAAAACCUAGCAUUGAUCGAUUUUUCUGAUUUUUUUUCUCAACCUUUCCAUGCUAUAUGGGGUGUGACAACUUGAAGUGUAGCAUAUCUGUGCAAAGUCCCACGUAGGGAAGUCAAUGAAUCAAUUAGGUAAGCAACAGAAAUUAUAAAAAGCCGCAAAAUAAUAAUAAUAUGCUCUAUUCCAAAACAGUAAUUGUGAUACAGAAUUGAACUCUCAGCAUUUUUACUACAGUAUUGCAUCCAGUUAGUACAUAAUCAAUUGAUAGAAUUCUACAUAGAUUAAGGAAAUCUCAGUUCAUUAUGACAACAACAUAUUGGCAUGUCGGUAGCAAAGCCAAAGUUGAAGUGAUUGAAAGUGUUAGAAAAGUAACUGCUAUCAUAUUUACUGGCGUAAGCGAGAGAAAGAAACAAAGCAGCACAUAACAGAAAAAAGACAGAGAGAAAAGGAAAAGAAAGAAAACGUUGUAUCUAUAAAUGAUAUGUGUUGGAAAGACGAGGUUAAGUUGUACUACUGAAUAUUUAAUGAAUUAAAGGUGUCACGCCUGAUGCUUUCUUUAUCGCACAGAACACGAGCUAAGUAGGGUAUGGUUGAGUUUUUGUACUUGCUGGUGCUAGUAUAUAGUUUCCUAUAUAGGCCUCUGGUUUUGCCUGAUGAAAUGCAAGGGCAAAGUUGUGAGUGAAGAGGGUAGUGUGAGUUAGAUAAAAUGGAUUUGGCCCAUAAUAUUUAGUUUAUCAAAUAGUUACUUGAAGUAAUCCCAGUGUGUUUAAAAAAUCGAAACAAAAUUCUUCUGAACGCUUUGUGUGUAAGCUACACCUCCUUCAGCAGAAUUAUUCGGAUUUUAAUGAUCAUCAAACCGAUGAUAUGUAGGUCUCUAAUAUGAGCAGUUUUGAUCGAAAAUGAUUAUCCGAAAAAGCUGCUAAACAACAUUUCCAAUAGAAAUGGAUGAAGAAGGAGGUAAGAUUGAGAAAUCUUGGGUGUCGACGAUAGCCAUUCCACAUCGAAAAGACAUCACUGAACAACCUCAAAGGAUACUUGCUUCACAUAAUGAUUUAGUCUAUUUAAAUCCCUCUAAUUCUUUAGAGGAGGCUGUAGUUAGUGUCAGAUAUUUAUUUGCUACAAAACUCCUGUGUCUAUAUGCUAACCUGUUUUGAAUGUGAAGCUUGCUAUAUAGAGGAAAGAAAUAGAAAGACAAAGGUCAGAGUGGAUGAACACAGACUGUGCACAAAACGUCUAUGUAGGAAGGAAGUUGAAUUGAAGAGUCUGGACGAAAGACCAGCUAUAGAAAUGCAUGUUUUAGAAGUGGUCAUAAGAUCGACUUUGAUAAUAUCGAAAUACUUGGAAAAGGCUUUGAUCUAAAAUACGGUGUGCUUCUCGUCGCUUUGCCUUCUCACUAGUCUAUACUGUCUACUUGUUUUACUACUGACAGUGUUGUAUACUUUGGAUUUUGUAGGAACCUCUCAUCUGAGGUCUAUUCUACAACCAUUGCAAAGCUUCUACCAGUAGACACGACUCCAGCAGUGAACACUGUUGUGGAUUAUAUUAAUAAUUUGUGUUGGUGGACUUUAACUGAUAAUAUCGAGAUACAAGGGAAAAGCUUCAAUUCACAUUGAGAAAGGCUGACGUCUGAAACCCUGCAUAAUUUAACCACAUCGAACGCAAUAAAUAGAGGAAACGAAUAGACUGAUCAACUGUAUGGCGAACUCCGAUUAAGCGAAACCGAAGAAAAGUAAUCUGUUACCAUUUCUGACCUCUGAACAAUUAUCAUGAUUCUCACGUGAGAUCACGUGUUUUCCAAGCAGCAAGUAAUGUGUGAGUAAUUCUGCUGAACAAGCUGUGGCUUACACAGCGAAACGUCCAGAAAAAUCUUGUCUUGGUUAUCUCAACACACUGGGAUUAUUUUAAGUGAUUUCAUAAUGAUUCAAUCUGACUCGACGCUGAAAUUAUUCCAGGGAAUUCGCAAAUUCUCCGAGCUGGUAUUUCUAACAUUAGUGUGUUUCAUUUUGUAAAUUUUUUCCCUUAUAUCCAUAUAUGGUGUCACGUAGUUAUUUUUUCAUCUUGAUUAUUUACACUAAAGCACGAUUUCCACAUUUUGUUUUCUGUCUUUACAACAUGUGUGCUUUUCCUGCAUCAUUUUCAUGUCAUUUCAUUUUUCACUAUAGGAUUUUAUAAAAUGACUGAUGUCACAGAAUCCCGGAGAUGUUUCCGUUGUCGCGUUUUAUUUAACACUGACGAUGAGUUUUGGCAUCACAUUCUAAAUGUGGAUUGUGAUGAUUCAAUAAGUGCCACCGCGGUUCAGACUUCGUUGCCGUGUAGUAUACACCCAAACGAUGAAUCACAAUCGGUAUGUGCAUCAGUCAGUGGCUCUUAUGUUGGUGGUCUUCGUGAUGAGAAUUUUCAGGCAAAAGAAGAUUUCCAAAUGAAGUCCACUUCGCCAGAACACCAGUGUAAAAUAGAUUCGUCUCCUGGAGCACUUGGAAGAAGUACAGAUACACCUGUGUUGAGUACUGAGUCAUCCUUAUUCUGUGAUGUUUGUCAAGUACCAUUUACAUCGAUUAAAAAUAAAGAAGAGCAUGAGAAUGGUAAAAUGCAUAAAAAGCAAAUUGCAUUGAAGUCAAAAUGCACUGGUCAAUUGAAUAUCAGUCAGUCAUCAAGCGUUAUUGAUGACGUACAAGAAGGUUUGUCAAAGAUUCACAUUCACUGGCCAGCAGCAACACAGAGUUCUAUGAACACCAACUCACCUGUCAACGAAACUGUUGAUACCGAGCAACAACCCACACUGCGAAAUAGUGGUCAAGAAGAAAUCAUCCGUCUCCUACGUCGAUUGUGCCUGACGGAAAUAUUAAUCCUACUUCGUGAUCUGGAUGGUAAUCCACAUAUUAGUUCAAGAAAUGAUUCACCUGAAACAGAACCGACAUCCAGUAUUAAUGAACGAGAUUUAAUCGAAAUGGUGAGAACUAUCUGUCGUGAGGAGUUGCGUGAAAUCCUACCGGCAGCUUUACAACAUGCUUCUCACCAGUCCAGAAAUGUCAACACGUAG